GCGGGGAGAGGCGGCGCCAUCUUGAGAGCGGGGCGGCGCGGGGCGUCCCCUCCCCGGUGCCGGGAGUGCGCGGGGCCCGGGCGGCGGCGGCUGGUGUUUGUGCCCUGAGAUGUUUCAUGCUGAAUGUAAAGUAAGACCCUUGGAGUAUCAAGAUGAAAUGACAGUUGAACCACAUUCUAAAAAAAUGAAAUCAAAGGAAGAGAUUUAUGCUAAGCUUUGUGAUGAUGAUUUCCAAGGAUCUCAUGAGAAAACAGGAACUCAGAGAACAUCCAAUGAUUUGAUACCUUCAUCCAUCUCUGAUAACCAAGACAAACAUGAAGCACAAAAGCAGGAGAAUGAAACUACAGUUGAUUUGGAGCUAUCAAAUGAAGUAACCCUUUAUUAUAAACCCGUGCUUAUAGAAUCUACUGAUUCAGAGAACAUACAGAACACAAGUCCUUCAUUUGUAUCAAAAAAUGAUGCUGAGAUAAAAAAUAAUUGCACUUCUGAAACUGAUUAUCUUGAUAAAUCUAGUGUGAAGAAAGAAAGCAAUAAAUCAUUUGAAGUAAGUGAUGGUGAGGUGGCAUUUGAGGAAUUUAGUACAAGCAAAGCAUUUAUUGGACCCAUAUACAAAACUGAGAACAAGCAGGAUAAAACCAAGGAUUAUGCUGAACUUAGCACAGGUGAAGGGGAGCAAAAUGCAUUACUUGGUAGAAGAACUGAGGAAGAAAGGGUAAAGAAAACAAAGGCCAUCUCCUGUGAUAAAGAAGAAAUAGAUGAUGAAUUAUACCGGUUUUAUGAAGAAAUUCAGCAGAUUGAAACUGAUAAAGAUAAUUUAGGAGAUAACUUGGAAGUAAAAGAAAGCCAGUCUUCUCAGGAACAAUAUACAGAACAUAAUUACAAGCAGACAUCUUGUGGUCAAGGUAUCCGGUACACUAGCACACAGUCACAUUAUGGUAACCAGCAGUAUUUCAGUAAUGAACAAAGUGGCCAGAGAACAGGCAAUGAACAGUGUUUUGAAAAUGAAACAAAUAGCCAGAGAAUAGACAAUGAGCAACAUUUUGUCAAUCAAACAAGUGGCUGGAGAACUGAGAAUCCUUCUAAUGGACAAGAGGAUUACCCUGAACCAGAAAAGGUUUCUAACUUCUGGAACUUUUCAGUGCCUCAGUUCAGGCCUGCAUGGCAGUCAGCACAAUCUUUCAUAGUACCUCAGGGUCCUCUUCCUCCUAGAUUCAGCCAUCAUUUAGAUUUUCAAACAAUUAGGUUGUCACCACACCAACCAAAUACUUUUCAUCCUCAUGAUGUUCAACCUUCUCAUAAGAAGUUUCCUGAUUACCAUGGAAAUAAUAGUCAUGUUAACUGGAACCAUCCUUUGUCUGCUCAGAAUUGCAGAUGUGUUGGUAAUAUUGAUAUCCAUAAUAUUCAGGUCUCCAGGAAUGGAUAUAGUGACAAGGAUAUACCUGUGAAUGAUCGUUUGAGUGAAACCAGAGAAGAUUGUUGGAAGGAUACUAAAACUUACCAAACCAAAGGAGAACACAGUUUUUCUUUCCAGCAGUUUCCGGAGGAAAAAUUAUGUGGGUCUCAAAAAUUACUCCUAAUUUUAAGAGGCCUUCCUGGUUCAGGGAAAACAACAGUAUCUCGUGUUCUACUUGGUCAAAGUCGUGAUGGCGUUGUAUUCAGCACUGAUGACUAUUUUAAUCAGCAAGAUGGAUAUACCUAUAAUGCUGGUCAGCUUGGUGAUGCUCAUGACUGGAACCAGAAGAGAGCAAGACAAGCAAUGGAACAGGGAAAAUCUCCAAUUAUAAUAGACAAUACUAAUACUCAAGCCUGGGAAAUGAAGCCGUAUGUAGAAACGGCUCUAGAAAAAGGCUACAUAGUAGAAUUCCGCGAGCCAGAUACAUGGUGGAAGUUUGACCCUGAGGAAUUAGAAAAGAGGAAUAAACAUGGGGUCACACGUGAGAAGAUUGCUCAGAUGUUGGAUCGAUAUGAAUAUCAAAUAUCCAUACCUAUUGUAAUGAAUUCAGUGACACCACCUCACAAAAGUACACAAAGGCCACCUCCACAGCGAAGACAGAGGGAAACAGAUUUAAAGAAGAAACUUGGACACCGAUUGAACAAAACAAAACAGAGAAAAAAGCGAAAAAGAGGCAAAAAACAAAAAAAUAGCCUUUUUAACAUCAGGGAGAAAAAGUCAGAUGGAGCACCUCAUCAUCUAAUUCCUGCUGAUCAGGAAACCUCAGAGAGUGAAGAGGAAGAUUCAGAAGAAGAGAACAGAAAAUCAGCUUGUACGUUCAAUGGAGAUGCAGGAGAUCCAAUAGGUGGUUGUGAAGAUGGUUCUACUGGUGAUGUUGUUGAAAGUAUAGAAUCUACAAAUCUUAAGAAAGAAGGUUUUCCUGUUGCUGUGUCUGAGACUUCAGCCACAUUUGACAAUCCAUCGAAAAACAACUUGCUUGCAGAAGAUAAAAAUCCACUUUUAAUAAAUUCAACAUCCAUUUCUAAUGAUAACGUAACUGAACAUACAGCUGAUGCACAGCUGACAGAUGAAAAUCAAAAUAAAAUCCUCUUGGAGAAAGAAAGCAAUUCAUUAAAAAAAAAUGAUCAAAAUUCUAUCAUAACAGCAGAACACAGUAGUGACGAUUAUAAUACUGUGAUGUUAAACACUGAAGACAAAUGUAAAUCAGGUCAAAUUACAUGCGGACCGAAAGAAAAUCUUUCUCACCUUUAUGAUUUAAAAGAAUCUGAAACUUCCAUUGUCUUGUCCGAUAAAAACAUAAAUGAUAAACAUAUAUCAAAAAGUAAUAGGAAUUACUCAAAUGCAUGGGCUUUUUUUUCAAUUAAUUUAGGUGAUGAACAAUUACAGCUGGACUCUGAUAGGCAGACUUCUCUCUCUGCAUGGCCUGAGAGCACCCAUAAAUUUAUAUGUGAGCAAAGACCAAAAAAAGUGAGGACACCCAAACAGACAUAUUCUGACAACACUGUAGAACUAGCUUAUCAUCAUUCUAAUGAAGAAAUAGAAAAACAAUCCAGUCAGCAAACAUUCAAUGAAGAGAUUGUUAGUGUACCACGUGAUAGUCUAUCAUCUUUGAUUGACAGAAGAGAUAGUAUUUCAUUCCAAGAAUCACAAGACACCUCCACAAGCAGCUUUCAUGAAGUAAAUUCUGAAUAUGCACCAGUUGUGCCAAAGGAAAAAACACGCAAAAGGAUACUCAAAUUGGCACCAAACUUUAAUAUACCAAGACAGAUUGCUGUUAGUACAGAGGAAGGACAGAAGGAUGUUCCUUUACAACAUGAUCGUUUAUCAGAAAGCAUUUUGGAAAUGAAACAAAAGAAAGUUUUCAAUAAGAAAAAUGGAGAAAGGGAUGACCAAAUCUUUAAAAUUCAUGGAUGUCAACCAUCUUCUAAUAAUGAUGAGCUGAUAGAGUCUUCACCUAACUGUUAUGUGAAAUCCCUUUUGCCUAAUACUUUGUAUAAUCACAUGGGACAAUCUGGUGCUUCUUCAUUUCAGAAGUUUCCCAAUAGCUUGUGUAUAGUUUCUUCAACAACUGAGGAAAAAAUCCCACCUGUUAAACAACAAAAGAUAUGUGAUAAAAAAGAGGGUGAGCAAGAACAAGUCUCUUCUGAGGUCACAACUAGUCACCCAGAUAUCUUGUCUUCUGUUAAAGUCAUUUCUGAAUGUUCUGCAGACUGUAUUAUGUUUGAAAGCUGUGGGAAUGGUAUAGAGAAAACUGAACCACCAGAAGUCUCACAAAUUGAAGAUAAACAAGAUUCUCUAGAUGCUAAAUCUAAUGUUCUGGAUCUUCCUUUAUCAUUAGGAUUUGCUUUUCAGCUUGUGCAGCUUUUUGGUUCUCCUGGAGUUCCACUUGAAUCUUUGUUGCCGGAUGAUUAUAUAGUUCCUCUUGAUUGGAAAGUAUCAAAGAUGAUCUAUUUCCUGUGGAAGACAUCUGUGGAGGAAAAACAGAAGAAGAAUGGCUUUCAAAAUGGGAAUUCCUUGGUUGGGUGCUGUUGUUUGCACAUUUACCUUCAUUCUUAUUUUGCGAGAACCUUCCUGAACCAUCUCCUUUCACUUGCUGAAGAGCUCCUCCCAAACUCUGUGUGGGCUUGGGCAUCGAGAGGCACAACCAAUAUGAUUUUCACUGCUCAACAGCUGUAGGAAAAAUGCCAGGAACAACAUAAACCUCUCUACGAACCACAUGAAAGCCUUCCACUCUGUCAACUGAGAAGUGCUGUGGAGGAUAAUUUUGAGAUAUGGAUGCCUGCUGAAAUUUAUCAUCAUUCUUCACCUGCUCCAUGAUGGUAUGUGAGUGGUGGUUCUCAGUAACAGAUAUAUUACAGAUCCAUUUGAGGUGAAGACAAGAGUUAAGCAAGGCUAUAUCAUCGCUCCAGCACUUGUCAGUAUCCCUUACUUUGAUGCUAUAUCUGACUGCUGACGAGCUUCUGGUUGGAGUAGAGCUAAACUACUAAAUGGUUAGCAAGCUAUUUAAUCUCAGCUGACUUUGAGUCAAAACCAGGAAUACCCCGAUGUCAGUCAUCGAGCUGCAAUACACUGAUGGUGCUGUAGUGAGCUCACUCAGAUGGCACUCGCUCAGAAGCAGAUCUUCAGACAAUUGUUGACAUCUUUACUGAGGCAUACAACAAAAUGGGACUGAUGCUUAACUUUCAGAAGACUAAGGUCCUCUACCAACAAGCUCUUAAUGAGCAGUUUCCAGCUCCAGUAAUUCAGAUUUGCAGUGAAACUCUGGAGAACAUUGAGUAUUUUCUGUAUCUUGGAAGAUAUCUCUUUCAGGAGGCUGACAUUAGCAAAGAAAUCUAACAUCACCUCAAAUGUGCAAGUGCAGCCUUCAGAUGCCUGAGGAAACAGGUGUUCAAAGAUCACGAUAUGAGAUUUGAAACGGCUCGUGGUUUUGCUGGCAGUUGUGAUCCCUACCUUACUAUACCAAGCUGAGAUGUGGACAGCAUAUAUGAGACACCUCAGGUCACUGGAGAAGUGCCGGCAGAAGAUCCUUUGACUCCAGUGGGAAGACACAUCAACAUUAGUGUCCUGUUCCAAGCAAAUAUCAUGAACAUUGAGGCGAUGAUCAUCCAACACCAACUUUGCUGGGCUGUUCACAUCAUCCAGAUAUGCAACUCUGGAUUCCCAAAGCAAGUUUUAUUCUUCCAACUCAGUCAAGGCAUACAGUUAAGAGGCAGGCAGAGAAAGCACUUUAAGAGCAUCCUCAAGGCCAACUUGAAAAAAUGCUACAUCAAUAUUAACUUGUGGGAGAUUAUUGCCCAGGACUGCCCCAAAUUGAGGAAGAGUCUGGUGUAAUGAUCUGAGUCCUGUGAAACCUCACAAUGACACAGGAGACAGAAAAAUGGGAGUGGCGGAAACAGUGUCUCAUGGAAUGAACCAAGAACCCAGAGCCAUCCACCCCACCAGAAAAUAUGUCUGAGCUGCAACAGAAUCUUCCAGUCCCAGUUAGGCCUUAUCAUCCAUCUUUGGAUCUAAAGAUAAGAUGAUCAUGGAAGACAAUCAUCCUCAGCUGUAAGGGAUUGCCAAAGAUGAUGAUGGUUUUGCCUUCCAACCCCAAAAUCUGUAUCUUGCUAUUAAGGCUAAAUAGAAGGUAAUCUUCCUGAGUGAGCCAACUAUUAAUUGGUGCUAGGGAUCAUGACAUGGUUGUAUUCCUUUGCUAUUAAUUCACACUACAAUCGCUUCAGAUUAGAACCUGGCUGGCUGUGGAAUGGAUCCAGCCUGUGAAAUGGUCCAGUCUGGCCUAUAAAAGUCCAGUCUGGCAUGGGGAAUCAGUGUCAUGGAGCAGCAUUGUACCAACCAUUCCCUCUGUGUAGCUGGCUGCAUCUGCAUUUACCCUCACUGCAGAGAGUUGACAAUGAAUAGCAAAACUAAGCACAGGCUGCUCCAGGGGUGGAGAUUUGUAGUUUGCACCAGCAAAAGUUGUGGAUCCCUUCUUUAAAUUAUACAAAUGUGAAGGCACCUCAAGUGCCAUUUCUAAGUCCAUUUAGGAAAGCUAUAAACCUUUCUAGCCAAGUGCAGCUUAACAUAAAUAUGUUUACCAGAUAGUGAUACCUUCUCACUGAAGUUGUUUAGGUUUGAUUAUGUUCAAAUGGGGAAAUUAGUAGCUUUUUGUUUUGCUGGAGAAUGUGUGUGUGCACACGGGCUAGUAUGGAAUAGCUGAUUCUUUCUCAUCUUGACAAACCUAAAGCAAGAUGGAACAGAUGGAUAUAAAAAGAUAUCAGAUGUGAGAGUAUAAGAAAAAAAUAAACAAUAUUGGUUGACAAAAUAAGCAAUGAUGCCUAACUUAUUUGUAGGCAAUUUCUUUUCCGAAACUCCCUCACCUUAAUAUCACUAAUUCUCCCCCUCAAAAAAUAAAUGAAUAAAAAUAUAUAAAGCUGACAAAGUCCUUUGCCAAGCAGAGUUUUUUAGCUAGAAAAAGGGGGAGUGCCAGCAACUCCAUGAGGUCUAUUCCAGACUUCAUUAUUUCUAUCAAUUUAGCUAGCUUGAUAAACAGCAGUCUCAGCACAUGAACAGCUUAAUACCUUGAAUACAUGUUACAUUUGUAGUGCUACAGGUACCUUUGUAGUACUAUAGAAGGUGAAGGGAUGUGCCUGCACCUCCCUGCAUCUACAAAAAUGACACCAGUGCUACAGAAAUGUUCCCGUUUGAAAUAGGAACUUCUCUGUAGUGCUACAUUUUGUAGUGCCACAUGUAGUGUCUGUCCAGUUGCAUGCAGUACUACCAGGGGUCUUUUAGUUCUCCAGCAACCCACAGUGCUCCAUUCUUCCUCUCCUGCUCCAGAAGGGGAGGGAGGCAGAACAGUUGGCUGUCUGAUAGCCUGGCAGGAGCAGAGCAGAGAACCUUGCUGCUGCCCUGAAGGAGAAGUAACUCUGCUCGGAGGUCCUGCUGCUUCUGUACGCCCGCCCUCCUCCCCAGUGACAGUAGCAGAGAAGACUGCCUCCUGCUGAUGAUGCCACCAAGGCAACUCUUCUCACCCUCCAGACCUCAGGGCAGCAUGUAGAGUGCCAUCAGAGAAUCCCAGCUCUCGGAGAGCUCACUGCUGCUCUAAAUCUUAGAACAGCAGUUUCAUAGUUUCAUAGUUGGUAGGUUUGGAAGGGACAUGAGCAGAUCAUUAAGUCCGACCCCCUGCCAUGGCAGGAAAGAAUGCUAGGGUCAAAUGACCCCGGCUAGGUGAUUAUCUAGCCUCCUUUUGAAGACUCCCAGGGUAGGGGCAAGCACCACUUCCCUUGGAAGUUGGGUCCAGAUCCUAGCCGCCCUGACAGUGAAGUAGUGCCUCCUCAUAUCUAGCCUGAAUCUACUCUCAAUCAACUUAUGGCCAUUGUUUCUCGUUACUCCCAGUAGUGCUCGGGGAAAUGGACUCUCCCAUUGCCUGCCGGUCCCCCUUGGCAAGUUUAUAGGUGGCCACCAGAUCCCCUCAGCCUUCUCUUGUGGAAGCUGAACAGGUUCAGGUCCCGUAGCCUCUCCUCAUAGGGCCUGCCCUGCUGCCCCCUGAUCAUGCAAGUGGCCCUCCUCUGGACCCUCUCCAUGUUGUCCGCUUCCCUUCUGAAGUGCAGCGCCCAGAACUGGACACACUACUCCAACUGCGGCCUGACCAGUGUCUCAUAGAGGGGGAGGAUCACUUCCUUGGACCUGUUUGUGAUACAUCUGUGGAUGCAUGACAAGGUGCGGUUAGCCUUCCUGACCCCAUCCUCACAUUGGCGGCCCAUGUUUUUAAUUCACGCUGUACGCCCUGUGCGGACAACCACCCCAAGAGCUUUACAUGCUUAAACUUUGCAUAUACUUAAUAUUAGGGGUGCACUGAUAGGGAUUUUUGAGGCAGAUACCAAUAGCCAAUAUUUAAGGAGGCAUAUUGGCUGAUACCGAUCCGAUAUCUGAUACACUGCCUACAGCAGGCAAGUCUGAUGUGGUAAGAGAAGGGGUGGGGGGGAGAGGGAGGGUAUUCAGAGACCCACCCACUACCCAGAGGAGUGGUUGAGGGUGAGGAGAGCUGUUCUCUAGGGAGCCCCUGUCUCCAACCUGGCAGCAGGGCCAGGGACCCCUGCUGCCCCCACUGUCAGUGAUGAGCUGCUCACUGGUCACUGUCAGUCUGCUCAGUCCCCCUUCCUUCUCUGGGGAGAGGACAGGCUCUCAAUGUUUGCUGACAGGUUCUCCUUGGAGGGAGAGCAGGGGAAGCUGAGGAGGAAUCCCUGUCACCCCUUGGCUGGUGAGUAUGACUUUAUAGAGCUUUAUAUAUCUUUGCAUGGUGCCAGUAGCACUACCAAUGAACUUGUGUCCAAGAAUCAACCUUGUCAAGUUUUUUUGUAGCCAUCAUGGAAAGGAGUAGUUUUUUGAGAGAGGAUAGUUUGUUUUGUGGAUGUUUAUGCCAGGCUUCUCCCAAGUGUGAUGUGCAGGAUGAGAGAAAGUGAAGAUGGAGAGUGCAGAGUGAUGGAAGCUGUUAUCAAGUGUUGAUCAUAGGCAGGAGUCUAUAUUGUGAUAGUGAAUACAAGAACUUGGGCCACUAAGGGCCUUGGAGGGA